CACAUCCUCCGCUCAGUUUCAGUAUAUUCAUCAUGUCCGACAUCGUCAGCGCUCCUUCUCCUAUCCCGUCGCCCCCCGCUGCCGUCAGGUCGGUCGCCAGCGAAGACGUCGUCGCCAGGAAGUUUGACGCCUGUCUCGCCGACUUUGUCGUCUCCUCGGGUAUCGGAUUCAGCGUCGGUGUCGUCGCCUCUGUACUGCUCUUCAGGCGAAGGGGCUGGCCCGUAGCUCUGUCGACAGGGUUCGGUGCCGGUGUCGCUUACCAAAACUGCAACGCUUCUUUCAACCCUUACCUCCUUCCCGGCCACAAGGUCCUCUCCGCCGACGCCCAGCCGACCACCUCGGCUCUGACCCAGAAGAAGUUGGUCUAAGCUGAUCUGCCACAAUCGGAAUUAGGCGGAUGUUACGCUGCGUUGUAGGAUCAAAAGGAAUCGGACGGGGGAGAUGUCCAGGCUCGGCCGAACUUUGCACGAUAGAGAGGCUUGUGCAUGUUUGGGCAUUAUAUUCAUAUACAUGGGAUGUCUGUGGGCGACAGAGUCGUGAAGCAUUACUCGUGGUCC